AUGUCCAGGGUAGACAAUGCUUCUCUGGAAGUCCCCACGCAAACUGACUGUGGAAGCAGCGGCAGCCUGGGGUUCAUUCAGUCCCAGGCGGCCCCGCAGGUAGAGGAUGACAUCAUGGAGGAGGCGGGGUGUGAGGAUCCAGGGCCCACUGCCACCCCGCCGCUGCCCUCCACCUCCUUGGCAUUGUCCUCAGCCUUGUCCUCCCAGGCCCAGAAGAAGCCAGCCAGGCGCACCAAGGCCCAGGUCCAGCAGAAGGUGAAUGAGCUGGUGCAGUUCUUGCUGGUGAAGGACCAGAAGAAAGUGCCCAUCCACCGGAUGGACGUGGUGAAGACCAUCCUGCAAGACUACAAGGACAUGGCCUCAGAGAUCAUCCAGAGAGUGGACCAGACCCUGGAUUACAUCUUCAGCCUUUGGCUCCAGGAGAUAGACCAGAAGUACCAUACCUACAUCCUCAUCAACAAGUUGGAGUGCCUGGGCGACAACGACGACGAUGGCAUGAAGGCUGACGAAGGUGUGGCCAAGAUGGGCCUCCUCAUGGUGAUCCUGAGCCUCAUCUUCAUGAAGGGCAACUCGACCAAGGAGGCCCUGGUCUGGGAGGUGCUCAAGAAGCUCCACGUGGAUCCGGAAAAGAGGCACAAGACCUUCGGCAACGACGUCAAGGACGAGUUUGUUUGUCAGAAAUAUUUGGAGUAUGUUCCAGUCCCCCAUACCGAUCCUCCAGAGUAUGAAUUCCUUUGGGGACCCAGAGCCACCCAUGAGACCAGUAAGAUGGAAGUCCUUUGCUUUGUGUCCAAGAUUCAAAAUCGGGAGCCUUCCAGCUGGGUGUCCCAAUACAACAAAGCCCUCCAAGAUGAAAUGGCAUCCACCUCUGCAUCUGCCUCUACUUCAGCCGGCAACUGA